CAUCAGCUUCCACGUAGUCUUAGAGUCAGUAAAGUCCAAGAGGCCUCCUGGGAGUGCGUCACCCUCCAGCGUGGAGGCACCCUGGGGAGGGAGGUGGAGAGGGCACCUUGGAGGAGCUUUAAAUGCCUGGCUGGUUCUGGCUCCAGUCAGUUCACUCAGCAGCACAGGUGAGCCAAGAACCUGUCCUCCACUGACACCAGGAAAAAAGCCAGAGCGGUGGAGACUCCUCCAGCCCAGCCAGGAGCCCAGGAUGUUUCUGAAGGCUGUGGUGCUGGGCCUGGCCCUGGUGGUUGUUAACAGUGCCCGGGCAGAGGUCAGUGCUGACGAGGUGGCUACUGUGGUGUGGAACUACUUCAGCCAACUGAGCAACGAUGCCAAGGAGGCUGUGGAACAUCUGCAGAAGUCAGAAAUCACCCAGCAGCUCAACACCCUUUUCCAGAACAAAGUCGGGGAUGUGAACACCUACACCAGUGAACUGCAGAAGAAGCUGGUGCCCUUUGCCACUAAGCUGCACGAGCGCCUGACCAAGGACUCAGAGAAGCUCAAGGAGGAGAUUCGAAAGGAGCUGGAGGACCUGCGCACCCGCCUGCUGCCCCAUGCCCAGGAGGUGAGUCAGAAGAUCGGGGACAACGUGCGAGAGCUGCAGCAGCGCCUGGGGCCCUAUACUGAGGAGCUGCACACCCAGGUCAACAAGCAGGCAGAGCAACUGCGCAGCCAGCUGACUCCCUACAUGCAGAGCAUGGAGAGUGUGGUGCGGGAGAACGUGGACAACCUGCAGGCCUCCCUGACACCCUAUGCUGAGGAGUUCAAGGCCAAGUUCGACAAGAAUGUGGAGGAGCUCAAGGGGCAUCUCACACCCCAUGCUGAGGGGCUCAAGGCCAAGAUUGACCAGAAUGUGGAGGAGCUGCGCCGCAGCCUGGCCCCUUAUGCGGAGGAUGUCCAGGAGAAGCUCAACCACCAGCUCGAGGGCCUGGCCUUCCAGAUGAAGAAGAACGUGGAGGAGCUCAAGGCCAAGAUCUUCGCCAAAGCUGAGGAGCUGCAGCAGAGGCUGACGCCCAUGGUGGAGGACGUCCGCAGCAGGCUGAGGGGCAACACCGAGGGGCUGCAGAAGUCGCUGACACAGCUGAGCAGCCAUCUGGACCAGCAGGUGGAGGAGUUCCAGAGAAACGUGAAGCCCUAUGGGGAGACCUUCAAUGGAGCCUUGGUGCAGCAAAUGGAGGAGCUCAGGCAGAAGCUGGGCCCCUACUCAGGGGACGUGGAAGGCCACUUGAGCUUCUUGGAGAAGGACCUGCGGGACCAGGUCAGCUCCUUCUUCAGCACCCUGGAGAAGCACCAGGACAAGCCCCUGGCCCUCGUUCUCCCAGAACAGGGUGCUCCUGGAACAGCGCCAGAGCAGCCCCAGGAGCAGCCCCAGGAGCAGCCCCAGGAGCAGCAAGAGCCCUCCCCUUUGGAAAGCUGAACUGCCCCUGGUGUCCUCGCCCUGUUACCAUGGACACCUGCCCUGCCCUGCCUCCUGUCUGCCCAGCAGUCCCUAAGCACUUCUUGUACAAACUUGAAGAUACAUGCCCAGUGGGUGGUGAUGCCCCUUCUCCAUACUCAAUACAGUUGCUGAGAAACUAGCCCUA